AUGAUCUCUCAACGUCUUCGAGCUGUUCCGAUAUUUCGGCGGUACGCUAGCACAUCUAAGCUGCCUUUGAGCAAUAUCCGUGUGGUUGACCUCACGCGUGUUCUUGCUGGACCAUACUGUUCCCAGAUUCUUGGUGAUCUCGGUGCCGAUGUCCUGAAAAUUGAGCAUCCGGUGCGGGGUGACGAUACCCGUGCAUGGGGUCCUCCAUUUUCCAAUGGCGAGUCCGCAUACUACCUUAGUUCGAACCGCAACAAAAGAUCCUUGGCUGUAGACUUCAAACAACCCGAAGGCCAAGAAAUUAUCAAGCAACUCGUUGCUGAGUCUGACGUGUUGUUGGAAAACUUCCUCCCCGGAGGUCUUGAAAAAUACGGCUUGGGGUACAAGCAGUUGCAGAAAAUCAAUCCCAACCUCGUCUACGCCAGUAUUACUGGCUACGGACAGACUGGUCCCUGGGCCAAACGUCCUGGGUACGACGUUAUGGUCGAGGCCGAAUUCGGGCUCAUGCAUAUCACCGGUGAGCCUGAUGGCCAGCCGGUGAAAGUCGGUGUUGCCGUUACCGACUUGAUGACCGGCAUGUACACUACAAUUGCAGUGAUGGGUGCUCUCAAACACGUUGCGGACGGUGGAAAAGGCCAGCAUUUGGACUGUGCGCUAGCGGACGUUCAGCUGGCCAACUUGGCAAACAUCGCCAGCAGUGUGUUGGUCAGUGGCAAGCCGGACUCUGGUCGCCAGGGUACUGCUCAUCCCUCAAUCUGCCCCUACGAAGCAUUUGAAACUAAAGACGGCAGCAUUAUGAUUGGCGGUGGUAACGAUAAUCUGUUCCGCCAUGUCUGCGAUGCUCUUGGCAAGCCCGAGUGGAAGAAUGAUGAGCGUUUCAUCACCAACUCGGCCCGUGUGCAGAACCGUCAUAUACUGGUGUCUGCCAUGAACGAACUCACUCGGUCAAAGACCACAAAAGAGUGGGAAUCCGAAUGGCAAGGCAAGCCAUUCCCUUAUGCCCCGAUCAAUGACGUCAAGGCGUCUCUGGAGCAUCCCCAAGCCCAGGCACGUAACAUGGUGGUUGAGGUCGAUCACCCAUUGUGCGGAGCCCUCAAGCUCGUAAACUCUCCGAUCAAGUGGUCCGAGACCCAGCCCGAAAUCCGCAUGGCCCCGCCUACGCUGGGUCAGCACACUGACGAGAUUCUCAAUGAAUUCGGACUGGGCGACAAGAUUGCCAGUCUUCGAGAGAAAAAAGUGAUUAGUUAG